AGGGAGGGGAGGGGAGGAGGAGUGGGGGAGAGGAAAAGGACACAAGGGCUUGCCACUGGUUUGAGGUGAGAGAGAGUGGAGGCGGAGGAAGGGGAGAGGGACAUCAUCAUCCUCAGGACGAUGGAGGAGAGGCCGGGACCUGGCAGAGGGCUGGAGCCGCCGUCUACUUUCUGGGGCAAAAUAGGAGCGCAGAGCCUGAUUCCUCCCUCGCACUUCAGCGGUCGAAGCUACGCCCCAUCGCCGCUGGACUCAAACCCCUGGGCUGCUCUGUCCAAGGCGACCAAAGAGAUCCUGGAACUGAGGCAGGAGAAUGAACAUCUGAGGAGGACGCUGGUCCCAUCGAGCAGACGAUGCCCAAGAGUUGAAGAGGAAACGGCUUGCAUUAAACCCAGGUCCUUGGAGCAGGAGAGGGCGCCUGAGACCGGCCGCCCUGCCGACGAGCCGAACGGGAGGAUACAGACGAACGCGGUGUUGCGGCAGGCGGCGGCGGCCAUCGCCGAGAAGGACGCGCUGCUGGCCCGCCUGGGUCAGCAGCUGCGGAGGCUGGAGGGGGAGAGGCCGGAGGGUUUGCCGCCCGCUGGGAUCCAGCUGCCGACGCCGCGGCAACGGGACCGCCGUCCCGCCGGGGAGACGCUGCCAGAGCACGGGGAACAGCGGGAUGGGGCGACCAGGCAAAGAGACCGGAGCAGCGGAACGCAUUCGCAGAUAUUAUCCCCGGAUGUCAACGGGUGCGUGGAUGAGGAUGGAGAGACUCUGCGGCAAAGGGCGGCGGAAGUAGCGGAGGACCGUGAGAGGCUGCGGCGGAGGGUGGCGGAAGUGGAGGAGGACCGUGAGAGGCUGCGGGGGCGUGUGGCGGAAGUGGAGGAGGACCGUGAGAGGCUGCGGGGGCGGGUGGCCGAGCUGGAGGAUGUUCGGGAGAGACUGCGGCGAAGGUUGGCGGAGUUGGAGGUGGAUGGAGGGACACUGAGACAAAGGGCGGCCGAGCUGGGGGAGGAGCUGCGGCAGUGUCGAGAGGAAGGCCAGCGCGAGGUGAUGCUCUCGAGCGAGAGGCUGGACGACAUGGGUCGGGAGCGGGACGCACUGCAGGAGGAGAUGAGUGAAGCCAGAGGCAAGUUGGAUUCGCAAAGCUCCUUGAUCCAACAACUCCGCACUUAUAUCGGACAACUGGUGCCGGACGAGAAGCAACUGGAAGAGGCCCGGCAGGAGAAAGAACAGCUGAACAACAGGGUCCAGCAUCUGGAGAAGGAGCGGGAGACGUUGCGAUCCACGGUGGAGCUGCUCAACGUGCGUCUGACCUCGCUGACGGACAUCCUCGCCAUCCAGGAGAGCCAUCGCGGCGGCAAGCCGAAGCCGGACAUCGGGGGCGGUGACGAUGGGAAGAAGGCAACGCUGGUGACUCGCUGGAGGGAGAAGGUCUUUGCGCUGAUGGUGCAGCUGAAGUCCCAGGAGAUCAGUCACACCAACGAUGUCAAUCACCUCCACGUCAAGAUAGCAGACCUGGAGGAGGAACUUGCGGUGAAAGGCCAGGAGCACGCGGUGAUGGGACACAGCCUCCAAGACAGAACGGCAGAGAUGGACCUGGAGCGAGUGAAAAACCAGUCUCUCGGUGAUGACCUGGCUUGUGCUCAGAAGACUGUGGUUCGGCUUCAGGAGAGAGCAGACCAAGCGGACAGUGAUCUGCGCCAACUGCAGGAGCUAACGGGCAGUUUCUACCAGAAGUUCUUGGACCAGGAGGCAGAGCUGAGGAAGGCCUUGUGUCAGCUGGUGAACCUGAGUCAGAGGGUGACCUUCGCGAACAAGCGGAUUGAUACCAUUCACGGGUUAUGGGCUCGGAAGGAGGCCCUCGUACGCCUUCAUCUGCAGGAGAGAAGCAGAGAGCCGGGGCCGGACAUCAGCAGGCGCACCAACGAGGAACUGGAGAAGGAGCUGGAGCUGCUGAACGGGGAGCGGGACCAACUGGCAGUUGAGCUGAAGCGGAACUCGCAGCUGAUCGAGAAGAAGGUCUCCGAGGCGCGGCUGAAAUUCGAGGCAGAGACGAAGGACUGCCUGGCCGCGUCGGGGCGACUGCAGGAGGCGUUGGCGGAGAAGGUGCAGGCGCAGCAGAGACUGACCGAGCAGCUGACCGAAGCCCAGCGUGAGGUGGAGGAAACUCAGGAGACCGCCGAGACCCUGCGUCGGGAGCUGUGCAGCCAGCAGGGGGCGUACCAAGAGGCGCUGCAGGAGAAGGUGGCGGCGGCGGAGAGCCUCAUGGCCGAGCAGCUGUCGGAGAUGGAGAAGCAUCUGAACGAGGCCCGCAGGGAGCACGCCAAGGCUGUUGUGGCUCUCCGUCAAGCGGAUCGCCAGGCAGCCCGGGACAAGGAGAGGCUGGAAGCCUGCGGGAAGCUCCAGGAGGAGCAGCACAAGCAGGAGAGGCAGCUGCUGAGCGGACAGCUGCGCCAGCUGCAGAGGGACAAGACCCUGCUGGUGGCCACGCUGAGACAGGAAGGGCUGCUCGGCCAGUUCAAGAGAAAUCGGGCUGCAGCUGUACACACCUCCGCUGCUCUGUCUGAUCAACAGGAGCCACCGAGACCCCUACAGCCGCCACAGGCAUCGAGACCCAGAGCCAAGGACUCCAGCAAAGAUUCUCUUGCAGAGGUGCUGGACGAACUGCAGGCUCUGAGUGCAGCAGUGAUCGCUGACCAAGAGGAGAGGGAGAUGACUGACGAGGAGGAAAGGACAGAUUAGGCGGAAGAUAGGGAAAUCCAAGCCGCCUCCUUGAAGAUCACCGACUGGCCAAUGCUCGCGGCCGACCAAAGACUUCCACGAACAAGACGAGUGGAUGGAAAGUGAUGAAGAUUGGAGCUCGCUUCUCCCAGAGAGUGUUGAGGCAGUUCUUCAUCGCAGUGGUUUCCGAGCGCCUUUUGUAUCGAGUGGGCCUCGCAUAGGGAGUCAUGUGAGGAUCGAUAGUGUGACUGAGGCAGUAGCUGCAAGGCUGGGACCCCUGCAGACCGCCAUCACAGCAAGCAUUAGACCACCAAUAACAUGACGAAGCAAAUCUCAGCGGUAUGAGCCGAUGCUUCAUCAGUAAACAUCAGAUGACAUAUCACGAGUAAAAUGAUUAAGCAUGUUUCAACACUACAGCCGGCGCUUCAUUGUAAAAUUGAAAGAGAACCACAGAAACUUUAAAAAAUAAAAACAAUUUAAAAAUGUG